AUGACUGAUGUGCCAUGGUACGUUACAUAUGAUCAUGAAAAGCCGACACUUAAACAUCAACGUAUACAUCCGGAAAAAUCCAAAGAAUAUGAUACUCUCAAUGAAUGGUAUGCUCGUGGUUAUGCCGAUAAAGUGGCAACACGUUAUCGUCCACGUCGUUUAGAUGCACGUUUUACUGGUUCCGAUUUUGCACCCGAUGAAUAUAUUCAAUAUCAUGGGAUGACAAGCGUGAUCGUUGGAAUGCUGAAGCAAAAAAAAGUUCUUAAAGCUAAAAAAUUAGAUGAAGAAGAUGGCGAAUAUAAAUAUACCGAUUCCAUGGAUAUGCCUGGUCAACAUGUUGAUUCAAAACAACGUACUAGUGUACAUAAUCUACCUUAUUAUGAUCCGAAAUCACGUUCUAUGCGUGAUAAUUCAUUUGCAGGAACCAACAAAGAUCCAUCACAAGUACCCUAUUUAGGUGAUAAUUUUGUUCGGUAUUCUGGUGAUGCAAAAGGUACCAUUGCGGAAGAAAAAGAAAUUGAAUUCGAAGUAAACGAUAAUAAACUUGAUGAUAACGUUGAUCAAGAUAAACCAAAAUCACUGGUUGAAUUACAUCGAGAAACAUUAAAUAAAGAAAAAAUUCAACCAAAAUCUUCGUCGUCAACGGAUGAUAAUAAUUCUGUUAUGAAAAAAUUAGAUAAAAAGAAAGUACAAGAAGCAGCAAGACAACUAGCUGAACGUGAACGACAAGCUGAAGAAAUGGGCAAUAUUGAUGAAAGAAAACGUAAAUAUAAUUCAUUAAAAUCAGAUAUUAGUGAACAUAAAGAGCCAACAGAAGAAGAAUUAGAAGCAUAUCGAUUGAAAAAAACAUCGUCAUAA